UAAGAUGGCGGCGGCGACUGUAGCUGUUGUGAGUGAGUCCAUCUUUUCCGCAGGCCGCCCCUCGGCCGGCGGUAGCGGAUCUCUGGGCUGGCCUGGGGCGCGGACGGCUUCCCAGAGGCGCGGCGGCUGCCACCCGGGCCCGUGUGAACCCUCGCCGCCUUUCGUCUCUAGUGGGGCGGGGGGUUGUGCGCUGGCAGCACCCGCCCGAGGAUACCAGCCACACAGUGGCCGUUCUUCUCUCUGUGAACAAAGCCUGGAACCCACAAUGUGAAAACAAGUUGGAUAAACCCUUCAUUGUGGAGGAUGCAAGGAUGGGGGACCAGCAACUGGGCCAGGAGCAUCUUUUAUGGCUUUUGAAGCUGUGUUUUCUUGAUUCAGCACUUGCCUGGUUAAUGUAGCCCUUUAACGGUUUUCUGUAGUUAUGAGGAAGGUUACUGUCUUUAAAAUUCCUCUGCUGCUUUUACUUAGUGGGGUUGGAACAAUGGCAACUUCAGAGGUGGUUCACAGCAAUCUGAAGUACCUAAUCAAAGGUAGAGAUCUGUGAUCCGAAAACACACCCCCAGUGUUUGGAGGACAAGUUGGGAGAGUGUUUGGAAGAAUGAUUCUGAAAGCACUAGGAACUGACUGCAUUUCAGCUUAAAGCAAUAGCUUAGUAAUGUGUUAUGUCAGAUGCAGUAAUGGAUGAGGCAGGUAGAGUCACCUCCCAUGGGGUUGAUCUGGUAAAUGCUCAGAUGUUUACUGACUGAUGGGGUAGAUGCUCAAAGGGACCUCAGAAAUACUGUUCUCAGGAAAUAUGUGGAGGAAAUUGACCUUUAUCAUCAGGGUUAGUAUGAGGAUUAAACUUUUAAAAAUAUGUAAUUCCCCAAGUAUAGUUAAUACAACCAUUGUUUCCCUGGUCUUCAGGUACAAAUGAGUAAGUUAAUCCUACCUCUGUUUAUGACACAUUAUCAUUAUUCAUCCAUGAAAUGCAUGUAAUUAUUAAUGAUGUUUUAGAGGAGAAUUUCCAUGAUACACAUCAGUUCACAUAUAUAAAUAAUAAAAUAUGGGAUGUUACAGCUGAUGAUGAUUAAUACAUGAAAAAGACUUCAGCUAUCCCUUCACAAAAAUAUCAGUGAGCAAAUAGAUUUUGUUCCAAAUCUCUUCAUUCUAUAUCUUCUGAGCCUUCUAAUACUAUGAGGUUUGUGGGACAUGACUGAUAUUAUGACCCAUAUACUUCUGCUGUUUUCUGAUGCAGGAAUUUUGUUGAUUAGGUUUGCAUGAUGGGAGCCAUUGAGCCUCCAAAUUGAUCAUGACCUUGAAUAGGUCUACCCCAUAAUUAAAUAUAAAGUUUAUUGGUUAAUAUCCAAAUCCAUUGGGGUGAAAUACAGAACUUUGUGUUGAGGGUGUUACAUUGUUUUACAUAACAUGUGAAAGAACCAAGAUGACUUAGGGCAAGUGAACCCAGAAGGGCAGGUACAGGUUAGAGCAGGGUGAGAAUGAGAGUCCAGAGGACAGGGAUGGAUGUUGGAGAACCAAUGCUAGUGCAUCAACCAAGCAUAAUUAUAUCUGAGGAAUUCCAGACUGCUUUCUCUGAUGACAGAGAUCUAAUACCAUAUGAGACAUGGGUCAGGAGUUCCUAUGUUUUGGAAACAGAGAAUUAUUAAAAGUCCCUGAACACCAUGAGAUACUUAAUAUAUAACAGUCAGUGAUUUUCAUGUACUUAUUUGUAAAAUGAAGGUAUUCAUAUCUUCAUUAUUUGCUAGAGAAGCCAGGACCUCUUAUGUCUUGACCCUAGGAAAGGAGAAAUCUCCCCUUACUUCUCUUGGAGCACACUUCAUGUUCAUAUUGAUUGGACUGUGUUUACUCCCAGGUGAAAAGUUUGGAAUGCAUGGCAGGUGGGUCUGGGAAUUGUGGUCAAGACUUGUGUCUGAAGGCUUCUAUCUUUUUUCUCAGCUUUGCUCACCUACUGCUUGUCUGGUGUAGUGAAAGUCCAAAGGAAGACAGUUGUCAGCUGAGCUAUUAACAAUGCAACCACGGGAAUUAAUGACCUUCAAAGAUGUAGCUAUAGACUUCACCCAGGAAGAGUGGGCAUUGCUAGACACAUCCCAGAGAAAGCUGUUCAGAGAAGUGAUGCUGGAGAAUGUCAGUCAUCUGGUCUCAGUGGGAUUUCAGGUCUGCAAAUCAGAUGUGUUUUCCCAGUUGGCACAGGGAGAGGCAGUGUGGAGAGAAGGAAUGGAAUUUCUCCAAAACCAGAGUUCAGGCAUGAAAAUUGCCUGUAAAAAGCAAGAGAUGAUAUUAAUGCAACUUACCUAUAGGAACAAUUCUGAGGACAUAUCAUUGCAUAUAGCUCACACUCAAAAGAAUUCCUUUAAAUGUGAUCAUUUGCAAGAAGAUUCUACCCUCAGAUCCUCAGUGACUCAACAUGCGUUAAUUCCCAUGAGAAAGAAACCAUAUUUAAGCAAACCACUUGGAAAAAUCCUCACUAACCAGUCAUCUUUUAAUCAACAUAAGCAGAUUCACAUGAGAAGUAAAUCCUAUGAGUGCUGUCGAACUGCUAAAUCCUUUAUUAAAAGCGCUGGGCGCAGACAGUACAAUAGAACUCAAACUGGAGAUAACCCAUACAAAUGCAUUCUAUGUGGGAAAGCAUUCAUUAGAUUUAUUGACUCUAGACGACACGACAGAAGUCAUAAUGGAGACAAACCCUAUGAAUGCAAUGCAUGUGGAAAAGCCUUCAUUGAUUGUUCUACCCUUAGACGACAUGAGAGAACACACACCAGAGGGAAACAUGAAUGCCAUAUUUGUGGGAAAGCCUUCAGUCAAUCUUAUUAUCUUAGGCAUCAUGAGAGAACACACACUGGAGAGGAAUGUCCUGAAUGUCAUCUGUGUGGAAAAACCUUCAGUCAUUAUUCUUAUCUCAGCCAACAUGAGAGAACACACACUGGAGAGAAACCCUAUGAAUGUCAUACAUGUGGGAGGGCCUUCAUUGGUUGUUCUCCCCUCAGACGACAUGAGAGAACUCACACUGGAGAGAAACCCUAUGAAUGUAAUCUGUGUGGGAAAACCUUCAGCCAAUAUUCUCAACUUAGACAACAUGAGAUAACGCACACUGGAGAAAAACCCUAUGAAUGCCUUAUAUGUGGGAAAGCCUUCAGUCGAUAUUCUCAUCUUAGACAACAUGAGAGAACUCACACUGGAGAGAAACCCUAUGAAUGUCAUACAUGUGGGAAAGCCUUCAAUGAUUGUUCUGCCCUCAAACGACAUGAGAGAACCCACACUGGAGAGAAACCCUAUGAAUGUCACAUGUGUGGGAAAACCUUCAUUGCUUGUUCUGCCUUGAGACAACAUGAGAGAACACACACUGGAGAGAAACCCUAUGAAUGCCGUACGUGUGGGAAAGCCUUCAUUGAUAUCUAUGCCCUCAGACGACAUGAAAGAACUCACACUGGAGAGAAACCCUAUGAAUGUAAUCUAUGUGGGAAAGCCUUCACUCAACCUUCUAAUCUUCAACAACAUGAGAGAACACACACUGGAGAGAAACCCUAUAAAUGCUAUACAUGCGGGAAAGCCUUCAUUGAUUGUUCUACCCUCAGACGACAUGAGCGAACUCACUCUGGAGAGAAACCCUAUGAAUGCCAUACAUGUGGUAAAGCCUUCAGUCGAUAUUCUCAUCUUAAACAACAUGAGAGAACACACACUGGAGAGAAACCCUAUGAAUGCCAUCUAUGUGGGAAAAUCUUCAGUCAAUAUUCUAAUCUUAGACAACAUGAGAGAACACACACCUGAAGAGAAACUUUAUAAAUGCCAUGCAUGUGGGAAGGCCUUCAUUCUUCUACCUUCAGACAACAUGAGAGAACUUAAACUGGAGAGAAAACCCAUGAAUGUCAUCUACUUGGGAAAGCUUUUGUUCAUAUGCUUCUGCCCUUAGG